UCACACGGCCACAUCACCAACCCGGAAGUGAGACUUUCAUUCAGGACUUGAAGUCACAACAUAUGACCAGCCAUGACCCGGUUUGAAGAAGUCUCCCAGAAAUCUGCACUCCAUCCCAAACCAAAGGGGCUUACUUUACAGUAUGGUACAGCAGGUUUUCGUACCACUGCGAAUAUUCUGGACCACGUGAUGUUCCGUAUGGGCCUGCUGGCCACGCUGAGGUCCAAAAAAACCAAGGCCGCUAUUGGUGUCAUGGUCACUGCCUCCCACAAUCCGGAGGAGGACAAUGGCGUGAAGCUGAUUGACCCGAUGGGAGAGAUGGUGACUCCAGCUUGGGAAGGCUAUGCCACUCAGCUGGCCAAUGCAGAACAGGAUGCUUUAUGCACCGUCUUGAAGGAGAUCAUCAAGAAAGAAUCCAUCGACAUGAGUCAGGCACCGAGUGUACUCAUUGGCAGAGACACCAGGCCGAGCAGCGAGAUCCUGUCACGGGCUGUGCUGGAUGGGGUUUCAAGUUUAGAAGGUCAUAGUCAAGACUUUGGCUUGGUGACCACACCUCAGCUUCAUUAUAUGGUCCUAUGUCGCAACACCAACGGUGGCUAUGGCACCGCUACAACACAAGGAUAUUAUGAGAAACUCUCCAAGGCUUUCAUCGAGCUCACUAAGAAUGCCGCGAAACGCACCGAUGACCAGAAGAGGCUGCUGGUGGACGGUGCCAAUGGAAUCGGCGCAUUGAAGAUGAGAGAAAUGGAUGCAUUUCUUAAGUCUGAGCUGCAGGUGGAGCUCUUUAACGACGGGAGCAGCGGCAGACUUAACCAUCAGUGCGGAGCCGACUAUGUGAAAGUGCAGCAGAAAGCUCCGCAAGGUAUGCAUAUGGACCCGGGUCAGCGCUGCUGCUCUUUUGACGGUGAUGCAGAUCGUAUUGUUUACUAUUACACUGACUCUGCUGGCCAUUUCCAUCUUUUGGACGGAGAUAAAAUAGCUACUCUGAUCAGCACCUACCUCAAGGAGCUUUUGACACGGGCCGGGCUAAAUCUGCAGGUCGCUGUGGUCCAAACGGCGUAUGCCAACGGAAGCUCUACACAGUACCUAGAACACGUCAUGAAGGUUACAGUGUGCUGUACAAAGACAGGAGUAAAGCAUCUCCAUCACGCAGCUCAGGAAUUUGACAUUGGAGUUUACUUCGAAGCCAACGGUCAUGGAACUGUUCUUUUCAGUAAAAAAGCAGAAGAGCAGAUCCGGAAGCUAGCCAAAGACCCAGACACGAGUGAUGAGAAGAGACACGCGGCAAAACUCCUGGAGAGCACCGUUAACCUCAUCAACCAGGCUACAGGUGACGCCAUUUCAGAUAUGCUGCUAAUCGAGGCAGUCUUGGCUAUCCGAGGGAUAAGCGUUCAGGAUUGGGAUGUCAUUUACACAGAUCUGCCCAACCGCCAGCUCAAAGUCAAGGUAGCAGACAGGCGUGUGAUAGACACCACGGACGCAGAGCGUCGUGCGGUAACACCUGCAGGAUUACAAGACUCUAUAGACGCUCUGGUCAAGAAGUACAAACAGGCCAGGGCCUUUGUGCGACCCUCUGGCACCGAGGACGUUGUUCGAGUGUAUGCUGAAGCUGACACGCAGGAGAGUGUAGACGCCUUGGCACAUCAAGUAAGCCUGGCUGUGUAUCGACUUGCCGGAGGAGUCGGAGACGAGCCAAAGCCUUUAAAGUGAGGCAGAGAGAACACCGUGUGAUGCACAAGCUGCACUUCUUGGUUGCACUUGCCUUUAUAUGAUUUUUAUAUGAAAUAAAUAUAGUGAU